CGACGAUCACGGAAAAAAGAACAAGAAGGAAGGAAGAGAUGCUUGCGAAACAAACGCCAUUAACAAAACAAAUGCUCUCCGAGCUCUUACGAGCAAGUUCUUCAAAGCCGAAGCAGCUUAAGAAGAUCCACGCGGUUGUAAUAAGGACAGGUUUCUCUGAAAAGAACAGUCUUUUAACUCAGUUGUUAGAGAAUCUUGUACUUGUAGGUGACAUGUGUUACGCACGCCAGCUGUUCGACGAAAUGCACAAGCCGAGGAUCUUCCUUUGGAACACUCUUUUCAAAGGGUACGUUAGAAACCAGCUCCCUUUUGAAAGUGUCCUACUUUAUAAGAAAAUGCGUGAUCUUGGUGUCCGUCCUGAUGAAUUUACUUACCCGUUUGUGGUUAAGGCGAUCUCUCAGCUUGGGGUUUUGUCUUGUGGGUUUGCCCUUCAUGCCCAUGUGGUGAAAAAUGGUUUUGAGUGUCUUGGGAUUGUUGCAACUGAGUUGGUGAUGAUGUACAUGAAGUUUGGUGAACUGAGUUCGGCUGAGUUCUUGUUUGAUUCAAUGCAAGUCAAGGAUUUAGUGGCUUGGAAUGCGUUUAUUGCGGUUUGUGUUCAAACGGGGAACUCCGCUAUAGCCCUUGAGUAUUUCAACAAGAUGUGUGCGGAUGCAGUUCAGUUUGAUUCUUUUACUGUCGUGAGUAUGCUUUCUGCUUGUGGUCAGCUGGGCUCUUUAGAGAUUGGAGAAGAAAUUUAUGAUCGCGCGAGGAAAGAAGAGAUUGAUUGUAACAUAAUAGUCGAAAAUGCAAGGCUUGAUAUGCACUUGAAGUGUGGUAGCACCGAAGCUGCGAGGGUAUUAUUCGACGAAAUGAAACAAAGGAAUGUGGUUUCAUGGAGCACUAUGAUUGUAGGAUAUGCAAUGAAUGGAGAUAGCAGAGAAGCAUUGGCAUUGUUCACUAUGAUGCAGAACGAGGGACUAAGACCGAACUACGUGACAUUUCUCGGGGUGUUAUCUGCUUGUAGCCAUGCUGGACUAGUGAAUGAAGGAAAAAGGUAUUUCAGUCUCAUGGUUCGAUCGAAUGAUAAGAAUAUUGAGCCGAGAAAAGAGCAUUAUGCAUGUAUGGUUGAUCUACUGGGACGCUCUGGUCUUCUAAAGGAGGCUUAUGAUUUUAUCAAAAAGAUGCCAGUGGAACCAGAUACCGGUAUCUGGGGAGCUUUGUUGGGUGCUUGUGCGGUUCAUCGUGAUAUGAUAUUGGGGCAGAAAGUGGCAGACGUUCUUGUAGAUACAGCUCCUGAUAUUGGUUCAUACCACGUACUACUGUCUAAUAUCUAUGCAGCUGCUGGUAAAUGGGAUUGUGUUGACAAAGUAAGGAGUAAAAUGAGGAAGCUGGGCACUAAAAAGGUUGCUGCUUAUAGUUCCGUAGAAUUUGACGGCAAAAUCCAUUUUUUCAAUAGAGGAGACAUAUCACAUCCGCAAUCAAAGGCGAUAUAUGAGAAAUUGGAUGAAAUCUUGAAGAAGAUAAGAAACAUGGGGUAUGUUCCCGAUACGGGUGCAGUAUUUCAUGAUGUGGAAAUUGAGGAAAAAGAAUCUUCUCUUAGUCAUCACAGUGAGAAGCUCGCUAUUGCAUUUGGACUCAUUAAUGGGAGAGCAGGAAAUCCUAUACGGGUUAUGAAGAACUUGAGAACCUGUGAUGAUUGCCACGUUUUCUCCAAGUUUGUUUCCAGGCUUACAUCAAGAGAGAUCAUCAUGAGAGACAAGAACAGGUUUCACCACUUUAGGAAUGGUAUCUGCUCUUGUAAAGAGUUCUGGUGACUUCACUUAUUGAUGUUCUGAUUAUCAAGAGAAAAUCUGAUGAGAAAUGCAUCCACAGAUUUUUAAAGUAUCUGAAGCUUUGAAUAGUAACAAAAGACCAGUUGAUGC